GCGCCCCACCAGAGGAGGAGGAGGGCAAUCCCUGCUUUUAUUUUUUCUUGCUGACGGCCGUAGUUAAGCUCAAAAACAAACUUGGACCAGAAGAGCUUAACGCAAACAUUUGGGUUUCAGUGUUCGGCUGCAGAGGAGAGAGUGGAAGAGUGGAACUAAGAAGAGUUUUUUCCUCUUCAUUUCUUCUUUGUUAGAAAAAAAGGGGAAGGGCUCCGUUAAGGGGAAAAACAGAACAAUUGAAUAUCAACUUUGUGCGCUGAGAGUGCGCACUUUACGCACAGAGCGCACCGUAAAACUCUUGAGAUGUUGGAUCAUCUCGACGGUCUCGCCCUGCUUCAGCGUGUCUUUAUUUCCUUUGUUAGUGUCAGCUCUUCGGAACUCACCGUGAACAUGUGUCGUGGCUGAAAAAAGCCAAACUUUCCAGCGCAAAAACAACAACAAUAAAACCUUAAAGCCUGUACGGGUACAGCAUGGGGGCCAAGCAGAGCAGCCCCGUGUUUGACGGCAGAACUCGGGCUUAUUCCAGCUCAGAUCUCCAGUCUGGGAACUCCGCCGCGGCGGACGGAAUCGCGGGGUUUAGGUAUACAAACGGGCCCGAUGGCCCGCUGAUCCGGUACACGGGUGGAGGGCCAACUAACUCCGGGCUGAGGAUUCCGACCGGCAGAAGGUCAGGGUCACACAGUCGGGGUCUGAAUGGCCCAGGUGGUGAUGAGGGCCAGGUCUCCCCAGAGGCGCACAGGCUGUUUAUAGGGUCCUUACCGUCUCACCUGUCCCCUCGCCUGCUGGGAGGGUUCCACUGUCCUGUUUGCUCCAAGUUUAUGGCAGCGGAUGAAAUCGAGAAGCACCUGCUCAUGUGUUUCAGCAAAGCACGCCUUACCUACAACAAGGACAUCCUGUCAAGAGACUCUGGGGAAUGUGCAAUCUGUUUAGAAGAUCUGGAGCAGGGAGACACCAUUGCCAGGCUGCCUUGCCUCUGCAUUUACCACAAAGGGUGCAUAGAUGAGUGGUUUGUGGUGAAUCGCUCCUGUCCAGAGCAUCCUGCCGAGUAGGUGCUUCACUCUGCAGUUCAUCACUGAGGCUGACUAUUCACCCUGACCUUAUCCCAAUGCUGCCUGGUCCAGUUGAGCGUCACGCUUUCCUCAGGGACUGUGGGACAUUAUGACACGCAGGACUGCUUUUAUUGCCUCACUGAACACCGAUGGACCUUGGAUGUGUUUCUCUAUUUGUUGUGAUGUUAAAAGAGCCACUGAUGGAGACAUCUUCUCUCUCCGAUUUCCGCGAAUGCUCCUAUUGCCACCUGUCAGCCUGAAGUGGAUGUGUGCAAACUAGAUUCUGAGCCAGACAGUUAUGUGGAACUGGGUGUGGUUUUGCAGCAGAGGACUUGGUAGAUCCAACAGGAUGGAAGGAGAUUUAGGCUUAGUGACUGCUCCAAGACACUUAGGCAGAAUGUUGAUGUUGUGCAAUAUGAAAAAUAGCCAAAUAGAAUUUAUAAAACAAAGCCUAUAUCCGCUUUGAGGAAAUGAUUGCUGUAUCGAUGCUAGUCGGUAGUUAGAUCGAAUUUUUGUUUUCAAAUUGGCUACCAAUGUCCUUUGUUAAACAAUCAUGUCUGCUAAACCAAAUUGUCUAACAUGAGGUUGUUAAGCUCCAUUAAUCAUGUGGCCAUUUAGUAGCACAGUGAUGUGACUGUGUAAUGUAGUGUUGAAGCUAAAGAAAAGUUCAGACAUAUCUAAUGGUGAUUUAUACUCUCUUAGGAGUGCCAUACUGUGCUGCUAAGUCAUAGACUGGAAAGUUUUCUUUAUCCUUUGAGCCUGUCUGUUGUCUGUCGUUCUUUCUGUUUGUACUGUAAUGAAUUGCACAACAAUAAAUGUUUUUAUCUUUGA